AACACACACUCCAUUAGGGCCUCUUCAACACUGCUGUUCUUUAUUUAGCUCAAGUCAAGUGGGAUCUUCCAUUUAGUUAGCUCUCCAGAGUUAUAUGGGAAAUUUUAUUUUGGUGAUUAUUAAAGCUGGGAACAACGAAGGGCAUUUCCUGUGGAGCUCAACAGCCAGCAGUAUGAUGAAGCUACUUUGCAAACAUGAGAUCUGCCUCUUACUCUUUCUUGUCCUUGUUCAGAUCUUUGGCAUAGAGGAUGACAGCAGCCGAACGACAACAGAGAUCUGCUCAACACACACAAUUUUACCUGGACCAAAAGGAGAUGAAGGUGAGAAGGGAGACCCAGGAGAAAUGGGGAAACAUGGAAAAGUUGGCCCAACGGGACCCAAAGGAGACAAAGGAGCAAUUGGCAGUAUUGGUGACCAAGGAAUGACGGGUAAAAUUGGACCGAUUGGCAGAAAGGGUGACAAAGGACUGAAGGGUUUGUCGGGUGUGUCUGGCGGAAAGGGCAAAGCAGGUGCUGUCUGUGACUGUGGGAAAUACCGCAAAGUAGUUGGACAACUGGAUAUUAAUGUGGCUCGCCUCAAGAGUUCCAUCAGAUUUGUGAAAAAUGUGUUAGCAGGAAUCAGGGAGACAGAAGAGAAAUACUACUACAUUGUACAGGAAGAAAAAAACUACAAGGAAGCCCUCACCCACUGCAGGAUUCGAGAUGGGAUCCUUGCCAUGCCAAAGGAUGAGGCCUCCAAUGCUGUGAUCUCUGACUACAUCUCCAAGAGCGGCCUCUUCCGAGUCUUUAUUGGACUGAGUGACCUGGAGAAAGAAGGCCAGUUUAUGUAUGCUGACCGUACCCCCUUGCAGAACUAUAGCAACUGGAAGGAGGGAGAACCUCAGGAUGCCACAGGGGAGGAGGACUGUGUGGAAAUGCUUAGCACUGGGAAAUGGAAUGAUACAGAGUGCCACCUCACUAUGUACUUUGUCUGUGAGUUUCCAAAGAAGAGGAAGUAAGUACAAGGACUGGUAAGACUGGUAAGUACUGGUCAACUACCAAGUCCAUCAUCUAGGGCUGAAUUCCUACUACAAUCCCUAUGAGCACUUCCUAUGGCAUCCUCCUCUCCUACAAUUUUUCAAUUUUAAAUAAUUAGUAUGGGUGUCUGAAAAGUGAGGUAUUUGGCCUAUAGCCACAUGCCAUUCAUUUCAUACCUAAAAAUGCCUCUGGGUCCCAUGUGAGCCCAGAAGAAUUCCUAGAGUGAAGAUGGCAAGUGGCUGUAAUAGAUGGCAAGUAGCUGCAAAGCAGUUCAUUCUCGGGUAGUUUUAACCUCCAUUUCAUGGCUAUUUUGUGGCUUGAUGCACCCAGUACAGCAGCCAUAUUGUGAAUGGGCAAGACCUGCUUUCCAAAGCAGCAAUUUUGUGGUGCCUCUUGGCCACCAGUCCAAAAAGACUGGGAAUCCCUGGUCUAAGAAGAAUCUUGUUCCAUACAGCACUUUACUUCCAAAUGAAAAUUUUAACACCACAAUUCAAGAUGGAGGUUUGUGGCUUCUGCUAAGUCCCACUUGUUAGCAGGAGCAUCACCGGGAGUGUGCAGGGAGUGCAAGCCACACCAGGUGGCCCUCUAAGGUGACACCACUGCUCCCCAAACAUCUGCCUUUUGGCAGAAAUGUGGUGUGCUGUUUGCCUACAUCCCUUUAAAAUGCUGGAGCUCAGCAAAAUUGGUAUGAGUGGGCUGAGGCUCAGCGGAAGGAACACCGAGAGACCUCAAGGUUUUUUUUUUUAAUUAAUUUUUAAUUUUUAAAAAAAUCUUUUUAAAUUUUCUUAAGAAACAUCACAUCUUACCAAAUUUUUACUUUAACGACAUGAAACUAUGUACUUGUAUAUACA